GUUCCAACCACCUUCACGCCCAUUGCCGCUGUUGGGCAUCACGAACUUGUUUGUUGCUCGCAACGCUCCCCCAUCCCACAGCCCGACUCACGAGUAAGCAUAUCUCCAUUCCGCGCGAGGUCAAUCUCAUUCCAUACCCUCGUUGACGCAUCCGGCAAAUUGCUAUUGUUUUACCACAUUUGGAGGCGGAUCUACAUUGUGUGAGAACAUACAUUGAACAAGUAUAUGGACGGCGUCGAAGUGAGGAGGGCCGCUUCAACAGGCGCUGCAUCGAGUUCUGCAGGCAGUGGUACCAGGGGAGGGGAAAAUGGAGGGGACGAUGGAUCACGAGGGUCGAGACGAAAUAGAAUUUUCCGGGACGCACGAGUGAAUGCCAACUAUCAACCAUCGGGCCUGGCAAGAGCUGCAUUUAUUGCGGCAUCCAAUGGUGUCCCGCUUGGCAACAAUGUAACAUCGCCAUCCUCAGACCGACGGUAUUCGGUGGCGGCGUUAUGGUCUAUGGCUGCUGAAAACGAUGUAGAAGUGGACGAUGAGCUGACAAAGGCACAACGACGGCUGCGAGAGUUGAAGACUCGGAUAUCUGCACAGUCCAAGAAGAAUUUCUUACUGGAACGAGAUGUUCGGUAUCUUGACAGUCGGAUAGCCCUUUUGAUUCAAAACCGCAUGGCUUUGGAUGAACAACAAGAAGUCGCUAGUCAUUUGGAAGAGAUCGAUGCAUCGGAAGGAUUUCUACCAGAUGACCGUAAACGGCAGCUUUAUGGAAAUCUCUUUUUCCUCCUGCAAUCUGAACCUCGGCAUAUUGCAACUCUCGCUCGAUUGGUCACCUUGUCGGAAAUCGACACCCUCCUGCAAACAGUAAUGUUUACAAUAUAUGGAAACCAAUACGACUCUCGAGAAGAGUAUCUUCUACUAUCCAUGUUCCAAAAUGUCCUUGCCGCACAAUUCGAAACUGCUACUGAGUUUGGCAGCUUACUUCGCGCAAACACGCCUGUUUCUCGGAUGAUGACAACGUACACAAGGCGAGGGCCCGGACAAACAUAUCUUAAACAUGUCCUGUCGGAGCGGAUCAACAAUCUGAUCGAGCAUCAAGAUUUGGACUUGGAAAUCAAUCCGCUGAAAGUAUAUGAACAAAUGAUAAGUGAUAUCGAAGCAGAAACGGGAGAGCCAUGCGACCUACCCCGGGGUAUCUCUCAAGAGGAGGCACAGCAAAACCCGGACGUUCAGGCCAUCAUUGCUCCACGCUUGACAACGCUGAUGGAGAUCACAGAGUCUUUUUUAACGACAAUCAUCGCGUCCCUUGAUCAGGUGCCUUAUGGAAUUCGAUGGAUCUGCAAGCAAAUCCGAUCAUUGACUAAGCGAAAAUACCCUGAAGCUACAGAGUUCAACAUAUGUUCGCUCAUUGGAGGUUUCUUUUUCCUUCGCUUUGUGAAUCCGGCUAUCGUCACACCCAACGCGUACAUGCUCGUAGAGAGCAAUCCGAAGAAGAACCCUAGACGUACCUUGACCCUCGUAGCCAAACUGCUGCAAAAUCUUGCCAACAAACCAACCUAUUCGAAAGAGGGAUACAUGAUCUCGCUAAAUCCUUUUGUGGAGGAAAACAAGUCGCGUAUCAAUAAGUUCCUCAAUGACCUGUGUGAAGUUGGAGACUUUUAUGAAGCAUUGGAGAUGGAUCAAUAUAUAGCGUUGUCCAAAAAGGAUAUCAUGCUGAACAUUACGCUAAACGAAAUUUACAACACGCACGCACUCCUCGUUCAGCAUCGUGAUGCUCUGUGUCCAAGCGAAAAGCACCAUCUCCGCAUUUGUCUUAAUGAUCUCGGGCCUGCACCAUCCCAAGUUCCGCGUGCGGAAAACAAAGCCAUCGUGUUGCCCCUAUUUUCACGCUGGGAACAACCAAUCACUGACAUUCCAUCAGCAAUGGCUGAUAGCGAACUCACACAGGGCGACAUCCUCUACAUGGACACCAAAGCACUUUUUGUUCAAAUUCUCCGAACCAUGCCGGUUCUUGCGGCAGCGGCGGUCAAUUCAUCAUCGAAUGGCAGCACUGCGAUUAACCUUCCCCGCGUAGCUGAAACCGCUGCUACGUCCCGAGACCCGACUUUGGUCAAAAAGGGAAUUAAAGUGCGCGAAAUGCUCCGUCAGCUGGAGGAGAUGCAGGUCGUAGAUCGUGCUGAUGGACAUGCCUUGAUGUGCGAAGAAGUGCGCCAAGAACUGGUGCAUCUCGGUAACCUGCGAGAAAAGGUUGAUAAGGAGAUUGCAAGUUUGGAAAUUGUUUACAAGACUAUCCUUGAUCACAACAACUACCUGCGAAGUCAGCUCGAGAGUUAUAAAGCGUACCUACAAAACGUGCGAAUACAAAGCGGGCUAGUGAAUACAAAGAGCUCUAAAGGACAGGUUCAAGGACCAUAUAAGUUUAGUCACUCGCAGCUGGAAAAGGACGGGAUAAUCGUGGAGAGCAAUGUCCCAGAUAACAGGCGGGCAAAUAUUUUCUUCAAUAUUAUGUCGCCUGUUCCUGGAACAUUCAUUAUUGCGCUACACUAUAAAGGACGCGAAAAGGCUAUUCUUGAAAUGGACCUCAAAUUGGAUGACCUCCUAGAAAAACAGCAAAUGGGCGUGCAGCUUUUGGAUUUAGAAUACGUUCAGUUGAGCGUUAACAGAAUUCUGUCGCUUCUCAACAAGACAUUCUUGAAGCGAUAGUGGAUAGCAACGAAUAAUAAAGAUUCGCAACCAGACAAUUAAGGCAGACACGAAGGAUUAGUAAAUUUUGUAGUACCUAGGACUUGCUCAAUUUUUGCUCAGUUAGUAGUAGCGACGGAUAUUGGUAAUUCACGCAACACGGUAAAAAGCGGUCGGGCUGGAACCGGCCUUCAACUGCUAGAAGAUCAUAAAGCUUUUUCUUUUUCACUUUGUAACUUAUACGUAUUACUACGUCAUGGGGGGCCACUGAUCGGGUCUUUCUCUGCAACGGUUUGUAAUGCUGCAGCAGUUUGAAACUGUGUAAUCCAACUCGGUGGUUUUCCUACCCCA